AUGACGACAGUGACCUACGACAACGACAACGUCGUGACACUUCCGCGGUGGACAACUUCUACCAACCUCGGAACCCUGACGCGGGUCUCGUUCCCGCCAGAGUGUCUCAAGGACCUAGCACGCUUCAACCAUCCGGCAACGGCACUCGGACCCCCACACGCCUACAUCACCCAAGGAUGCGCUCUCAACAAGUGUUGCCCGCCGGGCGGAGCAUACACUGAGGAUUGGGCGUACGUGACGAGCUACCACUCCCCGGGAGUUUGUCCAUCAGAGUACAAGAGGUGCGACUUUCAGGGCACACAUCCGGCCUUUAAGACGGCCACCGACGAGAUUGUGCGAUUUUGCUGCCCGAGCAACUACGCAUGCCCCGCAGUGACGGGCGACCUGAUAAAACCCUGCGAGAGCAUCGCCACGACGCGCCAGCUCGUCAUCACCGUGUACGACGACGUGGAGGCGCAGAAGCCCAUCGCCACCACGACCAUCGACGGCGUGGGCGGCGGGCCGCGCGCCGCCGAGACCACGGGCGUCAUCAACGUCGCGUACCCGAUCCAGGUGCGCUUCAAGCAGGGCGAGGACGCCGCGCUGGUGCUCGGCGGCCGCGUGCUGCCCACGGUCGGGAGCGCGACCCUGCUCGUGGCGUCGGCGACGCCCUCGCCAGGCGGCAACGGCGGCGGGGGCGCGAGCAGCACGAACCAAAACCCGAGCACGAGCGCCGGCGGCGGCGGCGGCGGCGGCAGUGGCCGCGGGAUACCCAUGGGCCUGGUGGUGGGCGUGAUCUUGGUCGCGGCGGUCGGGGUGGCGGUCGCUGCGAUUGUUGCGGCCAUGAGGGUGGUGCGGAAGCGGAGGAGGGAGCAGGGCCUGCCUGCCAGUGCGCAACAGGCGGCGGCCAUGAGGGCGGCAGAUGUCGAGAGGAGAAGCCAGAGGACGGCGCAGCAGAGGAUGGCGCAGCAGCAGCAACAGCAGCAGCAAACAGGAGUGGAAAUGUUUCCACCACAUGGCAUCCCACCGGACCAUCGGCAGAGGAAACUGUCGGUGCAGCAUCAUGGAACGGCUACGAGUUCUCGGGUCGAAUUACAAGGUAAUAUAAUAUAG